GCUGCCAGUAGCAGGAGAUGCGUUUGGUUGGUUGCUCUCUCUCUCACUCCGCCGCGCGCCGCCCAACAGCAAAGUGAAAGAGCAUAAAUAUUCCAUAUAACUUCCUUGGAUCGAUCGGUUGGUUGCUCGCUCGCAAACUAAAACUUCCUUCCCCUCCUCCCCCCACCCCCCACUCGAUCUGCUGCAACAACAAUCAAAGCCAUGGGCAACUGCGCCAGCGCCAUAGAUUCCUCCUCCUUCUUCUUCUUCUUCAAGAGGCCCAACAGCAACGACAACAUCCCAGGAAUGUCUGCAUCAAAGAGGACAACUAGCUCCACCACCACCGGGAGGCUGUCAACUCUUAGUGACAGUACCUUCAUGCCAUCGACUGUUAGUGGUGUAAGCACGGACGAUGCUUAUCCAGACGGCCAGAUUCUUGAGUCCCCAAAUCUCAGGAUAUUCACCUUUGCCGAACUGAAGAAUGCUACAAAGAAUUUCAGGACUGAUACAGUUCUUGGGGAGGGCGGAUUUGGGAAGGUUUACAAGGGAUGGGUUGAUGAGAAGACCAUGAACCCAUCCAAGAGUAGCACCGGCAUUGUGGUUGCUGUCAAGAAGCUCAACCCUGAGAGUGUACAGGGAACGGAGCAAUGGGAGUCUGAAGUGAAUUUUCUUGGGAGGAUUUCACACCCCAACCUUGUGAAACUCUUGGGCUAUUGCAAGGAUAACGACGAACUACUUCUUGUUUAUGAGUUCAUGGCAAAGGGGAGUUUGGAGAAUCAUCUGUUUAGAAGAGGAGCAGUUUACGAGCCACUGCCUUGGAGCCUCAGACUGAAGAUUCUCAUUGGCGCAGCUCGUGGCCUUGCCUUCCUUCAUUCAUCCGAGAGACAGAUCAUCUACAGGGACUUCAAGGCUUCAAACAUCUUACUAGAUUCGAACUUCAAUGCAAAGCUCUCGGACUUUGGGUUGGCCAAGCAUGGUCCAGAUGGUGGAUUGUCUCAUGUGACAACACGCGUCAUGGGUACUUAUGGCUAUGCGGCUCCAGAGUAUGUUGCUACCGGUCACCUGUAUGUGAAGAGUGAUGUAUAUGGCUUCGGCGUUGUGCUGCUUGAGAUGCUCUCUGGCCUGAGGGCACUGGACCCGAGCCGCCCCAGUGGGAAGCUGAACUUGGUGGACUGGGCAAAGCCAUUACUGGCUGACCGGAGGAAGCUGAGCCAGCUGAUGGACAGUCGGCUUGAGGGGCAAUACCAUUCCAGGGGAGCCCUCCAAGCUGCUCAGCUCACUCUCAAGUGCCUGUCUGGUGAGCCCAAGAACCGCCCAUCCAUGAAAGAAGUCGUUGAGGCUCUCGAGAAGAUCGAGUCGAUUAAGACCAAGUCGAGGGAGCCCAGGAACAGCUCCUCCCUGGUGCGUGGACAGGGGAAUUCACCCAGGAGCAACAGCUCGAGGACGAGCUCUAGGGGCAGAUGAUCAUGGUGAUACAUAGGAUGGACUGAUAUGAUUCUGUUGUUGGUGGUGUAAAGUUAACUAGUAGACCUCAAUUCUUGAUGUCAUGGCGAAGUUUGCACCGAUCAUGAUGAUCAAUGUAACAGUACAGCCAUAUACUAAGGCUUUUUUUGUAGCUGUCAUAUACAGUAGUUCAUAUGCAUAAAUUCAAUUAUUUUUCCAAUGAAGCACCAUGGUCCAUGGGUUGAACUGCACCAAGUUGAUGGGAGUAGUGUAAAAUCUAGAUUUAAUCACAGUGUGCAACAUCAGCU